AUGGAAAUCGAUCGGGGCGAGGUCUGGAAUUUGGAGGCUUUCGGUAUGUCGAACGUAAAAAGGACAUCCUCACCACUGGAUCCCGGAAGCAAGUGCCAAAGAGCGGAGAGCUUGGACGAAGGUACAGACAAGCGGUUGGGGCACUAUUACCUCUCGGGCGGAACAAGGCCGGAACUAGCGUUCGCGACUGCCUACAUGAGCCAAUUUAGCGACAAUCCGAGCGAGGAGCACUGGAAUGGAAUAGAACACAUCCUUCGCUACAUGAAGCAAACAAUCAAUCAUGGGCUGCUUUACCGCCGAAGCGGAAACAGCGUACAGGCUUUUUGCGACGCGGAUUGGGUUGGAGACAAGACGGGCCGAAAGCCUUUCAGCGGAUACGCAAUCACGUUGGCAGGUUCUGCAUUCUCAUUGAGCUGCAAAAAGCAGCGAACUCCCGCCCUGUCAACGGUUGAAGCGGAAUACAUGGCGAUGUGUCAUGCAGCAAGGGAGGUGCUAUAG